AUGAAAGGAAGAAAAAAGAGAUGUUCCUUACCUUCAGCCUUUAUCUUGCUGUUCUUCUGUAUCACUGGGCAUGCAACUACUGAGUUGGAUGACAGUGAAGAAGAGGAUGUUGUGGGUGCUGCUUUGCCACCACUGAAACUUGGGCACUCAGUGUGUGCCAUGAAAGCAGAUGAUGGUCCAUGCAAAGCCGUCCACAUGCGCUAUUACUUCAAUAUUCAAAGCCACCAGUGUGAGAUGUUUGAAUACGGUGGAUGCCAUGGCAAUGAGAACAACUUUCUAACGCUGGAAGAAUGUCAGAAGAAGUGUGUGGCAACAGAAUUGCCUCAGAAGAUGGUGUUAGCAAAAAUUCAGAAAGAAAAGCCUGACUUCUGCUUCCAAGAAAAAGACCCUGGAAUAUGCCGAGGCUAUUUUUCCAGGUAUUUCUAUAACAAAGAGACAGAGUUAUGUGAAGCAUUCAAGUAUGGUGGGUGCCUAGGAAACCAGAACAACUUCAGGAGUUUGGAAGAAUGCCAGAGUACCUGCCAAGGCAACUCAAAUUUAUUGCCAAUUGAUACAGCUGAAGAGCAUCCUAACACUGGGAACAGUAGUUCCACAGCAGAACCACUCAACCAGAUCCCUGGGUUUUUUGUAAAUACGUUGCCAGCUGCUCCAAAUGAGGAGAAGUCCAACAAUCUCAACAGUAGUUUCCCAAAGAAGGAGCGCAACCAGGUUCCCAUUUUUUUUGAACCACCUCCUAUCCCUUCUUUUUGUAUGACCCCUAUGGACAGAGGACUUUGUAGAGCCAAAGAAUUAAGAUUUUUCUACAACUUCUCAACUGAAAGAUGUCACCCAUUUCGCUACAGUGGUUGUGGUGGGAAUGAAAAUAAUUUCACCUCCAGAAAGUCAUGUUUGAGGAUCUGCAAGAAAGGAUUCAAUAAGAAGAAAGACGAGAGAAGAUUAAUAAAAAUGAAGAGGAAAAGAAAGAAACAGUCAGCAAAGGCUCUGGGUGAGGAAAUCAUCCCUGAAAGAAUCCAACUUUGA